CAGACAUAUCACCUGCUUGCAAGAGAGGAAAAGAAAACAAAAAGAAAAGAAAGAAAGAAAUUCAAAAAGGAGAAAAGCGGAGCAAGUAGAAGCAAAUGAGAGAAGUAUGGAUGGGAACUGCUAAAAAUAUCCACCACUAAAAAUAUUUUUCACUCUUGUUCUCUGUAGUUUUUCUUUAUUAUUUCUGUCAUUCUCUGGAUACCUGAAUGGUGGGAUUAAAAAUGACUUAAAUUUCAAUCAUCUGUGGCAAGGAAGAAAGAAAAAAGGAUGAAAAAAGAGGUGUUUGUCCUAUGAAGAGAUUCAGUGGCGCACAGCUGGUAAGAGUGAGGGAGUGUUGAACACAGAGAGACAGAGAGAAAUAAAGAGAAGGGAGAGGACCAGAAUCCGGAAGAGAGAGAAAGCGCGUCUUGUUUCUCUUCUGAGGAAGUAAGGAGUUGGAUUUCAGUUUCCCGCAGGACUACUCGACUGGUAAUGGUGGAAAAGCAGGAGCAUCAACACAUCUUUCUGCCAUCCCUCCCUCCCUUCAUCCCUAUCUUUCUCUCUGUGCUUGGGAAGAUCUUUUGCUAUAAGGCAUAAAGGUCUUGGAAUUAGCAACUCACUGGAAUUCUACACUGAAAGAAGAAUGGAACAAACAACUGAAAAGCUGUAAACAUGAAAACAAAGUCAUUCGGAGGAGAACAAAAACAAGGCUCAGACCUGGAAUAAGGAAUAAACAGAGACAGAAAGAGAGAAUGAGUAAGAGAGAGAUGAGGAAGUGUUGAAGGAGAAACUGAGCACAUGAACACUCAUGGCAUUUGGGUGAAAAUGAGGGUGAAGAGGGUUGAGAGGAAGAGGAAAACUGCAGGAAUCUUGGAAAAUUGAGAGAACACCUGGAUAGAUGCAGUAAGAAGUAGAAUAUGCUAUGAGAAUUGUAAAAUACGUCCAGUGGAUAGGUGACACUACUGAAAGGCCCUGUUUCGCAGUAGUAACACUUUAAAAGAGGAAGACAACAUCUUGGUAUUUUCCACAAGCUAAAAUGGAGGAGAUACAAGUGAAACUGAGAGAUUGAAUCAAAUAGAAUCCUCAUGUUUCAAGUGUGUAUGUGGAAACGGGAUAAACCCGCAAACACAAACAGACACACCUCAACCUUGAGAAGGGAUACACACGUGUCUGGAUUAACACACAUCCCUGGUACUAACAAACACAGACAAACACUUGAAAAUGAGCAGCUAAUUGUGACCUAGGAUCCGCACAGACAAGAAAGGUCUGUGGAUCAUUCCCCUAUUACCAUGCAAGACUUCCCACCCCUUCAGCCAUUCAGAAAAUCACACCAAUCCAUCAUUCUGUGCCAUCCUCACAAUAACACACACUCCUCCUCAUUCCCUUCUCACCUGUCUGUUCAUGUCAAAAAGAAUACUCUCAAGCCCUCUGACGAAUUCAGUCAACAUUCUACUUCACUGUGGCCAAAGUUCACCAGCAGAUACUCACCCCAAGACACAUUCUCAUCAACACUGCAAUUGCCAUUACUGCACUGGCUUACACUGGUCACUUGUGCCUGCUUGCUGCCUGCUCUUAUCGGCCCGAUUCCAGGAGCAGUAGCAGGUGAGACGUGGGGCGUGGUGUCGGCAUGCCCCUUCCACUGUGUCUGCAGGAAUCUCUCUGAGUCUCUAAGUACACUCUGUGCUGACAAAGGCCUCCUUUUUGUACCACCAAACAUAGACCGCAGAACUGUUGAGCUUCGUCUUGCCGACAACUUCAUCCGAGAGGUGGGAGGAGCUGAAUUUGUAAACAUGACGGGACUGGUGGAUUUGACGCUAUCCCGAAACACCAUUAGCCACAUCCGGCCAAUGGCGUUUGCAGAUCUGGAAAGUCUACGCUCGUUGCACCUAGAUGGCAACCGACUGACUGAGCUGGGUCAGCGAGACUUAUUAGGCAUGCUAAACUUGCAGCAUCUUAUUCUCAACAAUAACCAACUCAUUAACAUAUCUUCAGAGGCCUUUGAUGACUUUCUCCUCACUCUAGAGGAUUUGGACUUAUCCUACAACAAUCUGCACAAAGUACCCUGGGAUGCCAUUCAGAACAUGGCAAGCCUGCAUACAUUAAACCUAGAUCACAAUCUCAUUAAUCAGAUUGCUGAGGGGUCAUUUAGCGAGCUUUACAAACUAGCCCGUUUGGACAUGACUUCAAAUCGCCUACAGACUUUACCACCUGAUCCAUUGUUUGCCCGAUCACAGACAGGGGUAAUCAGCCCUACACCCUACAAUGCGGUGAUCAACUUGAAUUUUGGGGGUAACCCAUUGCACUGUAAUUGUGAAUUGCUUUGGUUGAGAAGACUAAUACGCAGUGAUGAUAUGGAAACUUGCGCAACACCUAUUAAUUUAGCGGGACGUUACUUCUGGUCUAUUCCUGAGGAGGAAUUUGCAUGUGAGCCUCCACUUAUUACCCGACAUACACACAAACUCUGGGUGCUAGAGGGCCAAAGAGCAAUGCUCAAAUGUCGUGCAAUUGGUGAUCCAGAGCCAAUGGUGCAUUGGGUCUCACCGGAUGACCGCAUCAUUGGCAACUCCAGUCGUACCACAUCUUUCCGAAAUGGCACUCUUGACGUGCUUGUAACUGUUGCCCGUGAUGAUGGUACCUACACUUGCAUUGCAAUCAAUGCUGCAGGCGAGGCCACUGCCCUAGUUGACCUGAAAGUUAUCCCUCUCCCACACCGUGGAAAUGGAACAAUAUUGUUAACUCGUGACCCAGGAUCAUCAGACAUUACCAGAGGGAAGUCCUCCAGUGGGCAAAGCCCUGGUUCGGACAUUAACACUGACCCCGAGGAGGGACGGGAAGAGGGUCAAAUGGAGGUUGAGGAUGGGGACAGCGAAGGUGCUGAGGAACAAUUGGUGGGAGUCCAGGGAGUGACAUCCACUUCAGCGCAAGUGCGAUGGGAUACGGGUCGUUUGACAGCAGCCAACCUUGUGUGGAUGUAUCAAUUGCAGUAUAACUGCACUGCGGAUGAGACUCUAACUUACAGGAUUCUGCCCCCCACUAGUGACAGCUUCCUACUGAAAAACCUGGUCUCUGGAACAGAGUACAAUUUGUGCGUGCUAGCCAUUUUUGAUGACACAGUUACUUCUAUGGCUGCCACAAAGGUCCUUGGUUGCAUGCAGUUUAGCACCAAGGACAAUUACCCUGACUGUCGUUCACUACAAGCCCACUACCUGGGCGGGACUUUAACUAUUCUGGUUGGCGGAGUUGUUGUUGUAACACUGCUGGUGUUUACUGUGGCACUGAUGGUGCGCCACAGUGUGUGCAGUAACCAUGACAAUCUUCAUGAAGUAGGAGAUGAGGCAGGAUGCUCAGGAUCAGACUCCCCAGCUCUUGCUGCUAAGGGAGCUGAUGUCUUCUCUCAGAGCAAUGGUAAUGGGAAUGUGAUGAUGGUGGUUCUGCCCAAUGGGCUUGUUCAAAAACAGAAAGCGUUAGAGGGAGGGUUGGUGUCAGUACCUAAACCAACUUCGAAAGUGAAACCAAAAACCCUGCCAAAGCCCAAAGUGAAUCUGGAGCAGAUCAGGGUGGGAAUAGAAGGUGAGAAAGAUAAAAUGUCUUUGUAUCACACACCCAGUAUUCAUUCCCCAUCUACAUUGCCACGUCUGUCAAGCCAGUCAGGAGCAACACAAAUAAAACUCCACCCUACCAACAGGGACACAGGUAAACGGGCCAGCUUAAGUUGGGCCCCACCCCCAACAUAUAGCGCACAACUCAGUAACAGACGGUACAGCACAGGGGGGGGUAUUGUGGUCCGUCGGGGAGGGAAAGAUAGCCAAUGGAAUUCCUCACUUGUCUAUCAGAGCCCUAUUUUACCAGGCAACAGUUCUGCUCACAGUGCUCUGCGCUAUAAGAGAAGUUCAUCGUUUGAUAUGGGUGAAAUCGCCACAACAGCCUACUAUAGUUACGCCAAGAGACUUAACGUAAUCUGGACCAAACGGAGCCAGUCAUUACAUGGCAUGCUUGUCCAGUGCAGCUCGGCAACAAGCAACUCAACAACCAGCAGUGGCAGUGGAGAUUUUCAGGUGCAACAUUCGCAUGGAUACAUCCGUGCCUACAACAACACUAACUCAAAUUUCAACCCUCCAACAGCAGUGAUAGCAAAGAACCAGCGAUUGAAGGAUAAAGAAAAGGACAAAGACAAAGGGGAAGAACUGGAAGAGAGUGUGGUGUAGGGAGAGAGAUAUGUUGAUUGGUGAGACUCACAAGUAGAUAAAUGGCAUGAGAGGUUGUAAGGAACUCAAGAUGGACAUCAGGAUCAAAGAGAGGAGUUUGAAGGUGAGAUGGAAAGUUUGAAAGUAAAGCUUAGAGAGGCGUUGAAAAUGUUGAAGAUCCCAUAAAAUGUUGAUUGGAUCAAUCGAGAGAAAGAGAGAGAAAACAGGAUAAAAAGCAGCUAAAAAACAGAGAUGAAGUCAAGAACAACUAGGAUAUAGACCUAAAGACAAGUAGCAAUUGCUAACUCACAUGAGAUUGGGGAAAUGUGAUGUCAUUCAAGCACUAAUCAAUAAGCUUGCACGUGAAUUACACAGACAAGAGUCACGGCAAGCGGACAUGCCAAGUCAUGCAAAAUUGAUUGGAUGAGAUUAAUCGAUAAUGGUAUUACAGCUAAUGUGAAAUGUACAGGAUGCAGACCACAAGAUAGGGAUGUGGAAAUGUUUAAAUGGAACAGUGAAAAUGUGAUUUGGGACACAUUUAGAACUUUAAUGGACAUUGGCGGUGGUAUAUCAUUGUUUUUUGUGUGUGAGUGUAUGUGUGUGAGUGUGUAAGUAUUUGUGUGAAGGGUAAAGAGUGGAUAAAUGCACAAAGAAAUAAUCAAAAGUCAUUUUUUUCAACUUUCCCUGUGACCACCAUCGUCCAGUAGGGUAAUGUGUUCUGUGAAGCUGAGAGACUGAAAAAAAUUAUAAUUCCAAGUUAAUAGAAUCAAUCAAUAAAUUAUGUUUUAAAACACCUUUUGAAUGGCGAAAUGGAUGAAAAAGACAACAAUAAGCGAAAGUGUUCAACAAUUUAGUUUCCUUUUUGUUUUUCAUGAAUGAUA